UUAUUUUAUUUUUCAUAUUAUUUCGGAGUUGGCAAAAAAACCUGCUCGGAUUUUAAUUCCAGUGAAAUCUCAUAUUUUUGGUUAAUUACUAAUUAUUAUUUCCCGCCGGGGUUGAACAGUAAAAAACCGCCAGGAAUUUUUUGCCAACUCUGAUAUAUAUUUUUUUUUACAUUGAGCGUGUCCCCGGAUUAAUGCCCAUCAUCUUGAGUUUGACCCCACGGUUUUGUAUGUAAAUAUUCAACGACACGGGUCUGCCGUAUUAACUUUCCGGACCUAGAGUCCACCGUGGGCCUUAAUCCGGGCACAUUACUCUGUAUACCUAUAUAUUAUAUUGUUAUACAUAAUAACAAAACGUAUUACCAUUACCUUAUUAGUGUAUAUACAUGUACGUAUUCCGGGGCUGGUCGCAAACAAUUUAAAUGUUAAGCACGGUCGUUUAAUAAUUACUUUUCGACAGACAAUUUAAAUUGCUUAACGACCGCCCGUUGGUUAUUUGUGUUGUAUUGUGUCGUGUGUGCGUUCAACAGAUAAUUUUGACCGAAAAACUAUGUUGCCUACCAAUAAAAAAAAACUAAAAAAAAAAAAAAAUCAUACUUGUCCAUCAGUCGAUCGGAAAUGGCUAAAAUACAUUAAACUACCGGUAACGUCAAUUUUGUUCGAUAAUAAUCAUUAAACCACCCGAGUGCUUUUCGAUACCGCAGUACAUUUUGUUUCCAUGAUUAUGUAACAUAAGCGAUUCACCUGCACUAUAUCAUACAACUAGAUUACACUCUAUUCAAAAGGCGUCCGUAGAAAGGGAGGUCAACAGGGGCAGUUGUCAAGUGUCAGGUUAUCUACCCACACAACACGAGCAUUUAUUUGUAUUUUUUAAAUAUUUAGUAACAACGUUUUCGAAUACGUUUAAAAUAUGACCGAACAAUAUUUUGAAAUAAUAUUUCACUAAAUUAUUUGACAUAAAAAUCGAUUAUACAUUAUAAUCUAAUAGAUAAACUAGCUAUGUAUAGCAGAAAUAAGACCCCUUCCCAGCUUGAGGUGUUUAGACCUAUGAGAAGUACUACAAGCUCCACAAAAAUUAAGUAAAAAUCCUACGUUAGUUAGCUUACUAAAAUGUUGUAGAAGCCCGGAAGAGUUUUUAAAGGUUGUCAAAUGUUUCUCUUUCUAUUUGUGCCAAUGCACGUUAUAAAAAAAAACCGUGGGCGCUCUUGCUGGAUCGAAGAUAUCGAAAAUGUCCGAUAAAGAUGGCCAAAUGAUUGGAUGUUAGAAAAUCAAGGAGUGGAGAAUGUUAUUUCAUUAGUCAAAGUGGGUACGCUAUUUCCCACAUCAUCUAUUAUACAGCUAGUACGCCUGUAAUAUGUCGAAUACAAUAAACUCCUAAAAUAUAAAUAUAUUUGAUCGGUACGGAUUUUUUUUAGUUAUUUUAAUUUAAUUUAAUUCGAACAAUAACGGGUGUAUUAAUUUAACACUGUACCGACCGCGAUGUGGAGUCUAUAAACGCGGGUCCGCUAUUGUUUUACACCACUAUCGGAAAUCAAAAGAAUAAAUAUCCGGUUGAAUUAAUAAAAAAACACAGCGGCUACCGUUAACGAACAAUUUGGACAAGGGGAGGGUCUUCAUUUGGUAUUCAUCACUCGCGUUUUCCACUUGCCUCUACCGGCGUGUGCCUCCUGCAAAGCUCGCCGUUUACAUCCACCCCUAUAACCUCUGAAUACUGAUUAAUUUUGCUUCGAUGGUAACAAAGAAAAAAAAAAAAAAGGAAAAAGAAAAAUGUCAUUUUACUUGUCUUUAAUACAAUACACGUCCCGACGCCGUUUUACACGGUCAUGAUCGCCAUAGUGCCAUAGUACAAAAACCUUACAAAUCCCUUGUGUUGAUUUUAUGUGCCUCCCCGACGUCAUAAAAUAUAUUUGUACGGUUUCCAUAGCACUUGUUGAGGCGUCUGUCUGUGCAAUAUACUUAUAAACAUAUUUAUCUAUUGUAUAUGUUUUUGUCUCCGAAUUUUCCUAUCGUCCGGCAGAGGCGAAUUCAACUUGUUUUAAUUUUCUGCGUUUUACAUUGUUUUGUGAUGUCCUGGUGGUUGCCAGUUAUUAGGUACACGAUAAUGUUAUACUGUCGUGCUUGGCUUCGGGUCGUAACAAUAAAAAUAAUAUAAUAUAUUAACAGCUGUUAUCGAUUCCCGGUGUAACGCUAUUGUACCUUGUUAACGAUUGGAUAUUUAGUAUUAAUAGUUAUAUUAUUUUAAACAGAACAACUAUUAUUAUUAUUAUUGUUUCGGAUUUCCUUUUAAUGUGUUUUUCGAACGACAAGGCACGUCGCGGUGUUUGUUAACGUUAAGGACUUGUUGUGUGCGGGUACCUACCGCAUUCAAAUUGGCCUAAAGGGUUGAACGACUCGCUAUUUUCAAGUGCAGCCCGCCAAAAUGGCAUGAAUAAUUAAAACGUAUACAAUGGUAUUGCGUUUGUUUUAUUAUACUAACGUUUUCAUAAGUGGUCGAGUUGAUAAAAAAAAAAUUACACUGUUAUUUCAUUAAUUUAUUCUUUCCAUUUGUUUUUACCGUACAAUUUCCAUAAGCGACAGCCGAAAAAACCCAGCACCUUAGCAGUAACCGCAGGGAAUAGUGGGGUCGAGCAGUCACUCUAAGAUUAAACAAAAUCGCUAAAUUAGAGGCAAUAUUAUGUUGAUAAACUGUUACUGCAUCCAACAAAAGGUUAUUGACAAAUCCUUCUAGGUUAAUAUGUGAGAGAUAGACGAAUGAUAUCUAUAUCACCACUAGUCUUAGCUCUAAAUGUGUAGUGUUACAUGUACAAAAUAUUCCAAACCGCUUUUAAACCGAUUCGACUCUUUUUCUGAAAGUAAACGCGUGGUGUAUUAAGAAAAACUUGAACCCUCUCUUUCCACGAAUUCCAAUCCGCCACCCUUUCUUAUCCGCUCCACCUUAUUCAUUAUACACAAUAUCUAUCUGUCUUAACUUACAACAUUCACCUACUACUUUGGAGUACCUCAAUCUCUAAUAUCUUUUCCGUACUUAUCCGUACUCACUCGUUUUACCCUUCUUCCAACAUGACCAAUUAAUUAUCUCAAUAUAUUUGUCUCUCUUAUAUUUUGUUUAAUGCUAUUUUAACUAUUAAAAUGUUUCUUUUAUAUAUUUUAUGCACUAUGAAACAUUCGCAUAUAUCACUGUAGGUGUCAGUACAGUUUUAAAAAGUUCACUCUUCGGUCACACAACAACACCUCUUGUUGUCUCUUUCCACCUCAUCCGACCACCUUUUUUUCGAAUCCUCAAUUGUUUUGUAAAAUUCGGUACUUAAUUUAAUGUGGCUCUACUGAAUUAACCACUUGCUCUUCAAGCAAACCCGGCAUUUCUCCGCCUUCGUCUCUGGUACAGCGACUGAUCUAUAAAUUGUAGACUCGAAGAAAUUGGUCCAGUGGUUGCAUCGGCUCUGCAUCGAAGGGUGACCACUACGCACACUCAUCGCUACAUCGCAACGACGGUUCAGCUGCAAUCAGGCCGCGUCCCUCUCGUCACAAUAACACUACAGUGUCGCCAAUAACUUUUGCGUUGCGCGGUUAAAUGUGAUUUUCGAAUUUUCGCGCGUAGUGCGAAUUUUGUAUCAUUAUAAUUGACAUUUUUUUCUUCGCGAUUCGUCCCGAUUCGUCUUGUGUCUUUUAUAUAAAUACAAUUUUAUCGCGUGCGCUUACACCGUACUUGAUUGACGGCCAUGGUUCGCUGGCACGUCCGCAUCAAAUAACUAGCGACCACGUGUGUUUGCCGUAACGACAACGAGAAGGGCCGCCAAGACUGAGAAGCACACGACCGGACACACACACACAGGACUACCACGGUGGUUGGUGUUUACUAGAUCAUCACAGCGAGCACAGGAUCGUCCACAUGCGACCAGAUUGGCCAGCGUCCCGGAACUCGGUCGAAAUGUUACACACGCUCAGCGCGUUGGCAGCUAAACUGUCGCCGACACAGACCCACAACCCGGUAGACGGCAACGCCAACAGGAUAGCCGCUCUCACCGCUCUGCCCGGCGCGAGUGUCACAAGUGACUCUGAUAUGUCCAUUCCGACGUCGUGUACCGAUAGUAACAAUGACGUCGAACAACCCGAACCAGAUUACAUAAAAAUGUUCGUGGGACAAAUUCCCCGGGCAAUGAACGAACAGGACUUGAUGGAGAUGUUUGGCGAAUUCGGACGGGUGUACCAGCUCAACUUGCUCCGGGACAAAUUCACGGGCGUCAGUAAAGGAUGUUGUUUCGUCACGUAUUUCACGCGGAAAGCCGCCUUGGACGCACAAAACGCUUUACACAACAUCAAGACGUUACCGGGGAUGCACCAUCCGAUCCAGAUGAAACCGGCGGACAGUGAAAACCGAAGUGAAAGAAAACUAUUUAUCGGCAUGCUUUCGAAAAAAAUAUCAGAACCCGACAUUAGGCUCAUGUUCGAACCUUUUGGGCCUAUCGAAGAGUGUUCUGUGCUGCGAGAUCCCAACGGCGUCAGUAAAGGUUGCGCGUUCGUCACGUAUACGACCAAACAGAACGCAAUAGCGGCUAUCAAAGGCAUGCAUCAUUCACAGACCAUGGAAGGCUGCACGUGUCCUCUGGUGGUCAAGUUUGCGGACACCCAAAAGGAAAAGGACCAAAAGCGAAUGCAGCAGAUGCAAGCAAACCUUUGGGGUUUGGCUGCCACCGGUAACAAUAGUUCCACCGCUCAGUACCUGGCACUCGGCGUACUGGCCAAUCAACAAACGAACGGUGACACGAAUUCUUUGUCGUCACAAGUGCUCCAGCAAAUCCAACUGAGCGCUGCUGCUGCAGCCGUUGCAGCCAAUACCAACACGAAUCAGCUAAACAAUUUGCUUCUUACAAACGUUCCAGGUGCGCUCAAAUCCCAGUACCAUCAUAUCCAAACGUCCAAUUAUCCCUUAAGUUUAGAUACCGUCUCACCACGGCGUUUAGAUUACAGCACCGAUCCUUUCUAUACAGGAUACCAGAAUUUGUCCACGUCGCCGCCGAGUUUGGGAGACCUGAACCCGGGCAACUUACAGAACCUGUCGACGUUGGCCAACCUGUCCGUCGGUAAUCCAAUCGUGAACUCUGUGAAUAUGCAGAACCUUGUUACAUUGGCCGCAAUGGCCAAUUCCUCACCUACAGGCUCCAGUUCGUCUAGUCUAAGUAGUUCAGCUUUGUCGAGUUUGUCGCCAACGUCCGCCGCGGCAGCAGGUUCAACACUAUUGGCUGGCACAAACGGUUCUAACGGUACAUACGGAUCGUCGUUGAACGCGCUCGGCCUGACUUUAGCCGAUCUCAACUCGAACCAGUUCACUAUGCCUCAGUCGCCGCCUGCUAGUUCGCCACUUUACUUUCUGAACAAUAACAACAACAACAAUAGCCCUACUAAAGUGUCCGGCAAGCAAAUCGAAGGUCCGGACGGUGCCAAUCUGUUUAUAUACCAUCUCCCCCAGGAUUUUGCCGAUUCCGAUCUCGUGAACAUGUUCUUGGUAUUUGGUAACGUUAUAUCAGCAAAGGUUUACAUUGAUAAAGAAACAAAACUGUCCAAGUGUUUCGGGUUCGUGUCCUACGAUAACGCGUACAGCGCCCAAGCGGCCAUACAAACGAUGAACUCUUACCAGGUGGGCAACAAGAGGCUGAAAGUGCAGCUCAAGAGGCCCAAGGAAGCGUCCAGACCGUACUGAAUCGUUUCCAUCUGCGCACACACCCCACACAAUCGUUCACGAAUACACGCCGUACACAAUUAACGCUAACAGAUAAACACAAAAAACUGUCACAAACAAAAUUACAAGUAAAAUCCUCAUGCUGUAACUGUGCGCGCGAAUACGUGAUUAUACACUUGGUACAUGUAUUUUAUAGAUAAAUAUAUAUUAAACAACGAUCUAUAUAAAUGUUA